AUGCUGGGCUCAAAGCUUUGGUCCUGCUCCGACCUGGAGCAGGGAUAUCAGCAGGUCAUGACUGAGGAUGCAAACAUGCACGAGGAGCUGCGAGCUCAAAUUGCUGCUGCAGAUGACCGGGCUCUGGAUGGGUCAUUGGAUGCUGUCAGCAAGAACCUUUCGGAGGCUUUCGAUCAGACGCAGCCGACGCUGGUGACGGCAUCCCCUGUGCCACCAACACCAGAUCCCACGCUAAGCUUGCUCGACAAGCUCGAUGGCGAGGAUGCAGAGUCUGAAGCGGCACUGCUGCAAAAGGAAGCAGAGGUUCUAGCAAGCAAGCAGGCCGAGAUUCGCAAGAAGCUGGCGCAACUGAAUAUCAAUCAUGCCCCGGCAACCCCAAAGCAAGCCUCGGAAAACAAAGCCCUGCCAGCCCGGCCAGCCCCGCCAUCCCGUGCUUCCAGUCGCCCGCCAUCCCGUGCUUCCACUCCCCCGCCAUCCCAUGCUGCUGGCAGCAGGCCAGCCCCUGCUCCCACGGAGAGUGGGAAGGAGAGUGACUCGAGCUCGGAUGGUGAUGGUGAUGCUGAUGAUGCUGCUGAUUCUAGUGGGGACACCCUGGGUCUUGGUAUCGUGAGGGACCCGAAGACUGGAAAGGUCCCCGGGGGUGAAGAUGCCUACAACUCUUACCAAGACGUGGAGAAGAGGAAUGACCUAGCACGUGCUUUGGCAGAAGGACUGCAGCAAGUGCAAACCCAGUUCGAUGACGAGACGCCUGGCGCGGGUCUCGCCGAAGUGGGCAACGAGGUGAAGCUGGCAGUCUUGGCAAAGAAGCAGCCAGACAAUUGGAAAACCCUCCUUGUAGCCGAUGUGCAGAGCGCGAAGAGUGCCGAAUCUGCUGGGGCUAGAUCCUCGAUUCAUUGGAGAUACCACAAGUACAUGUGCAAUGAGCUUCUCGGUCUACCUGAAACUGCAGAGACUUGGUCCAGAAUCUUGGACAAUCGGGAUGUCAUAAAAAUUUGCUUGCCAGAACUGAAAGCUGUCGGCAUGACACCGGGGAAGAUCUUUUCCUAUGCUGAAAUGAUGGUUGAGACAGUUCUGAAGUCUGCAGGGCCCGUGGUUUUCAAAAUCGGCUUCACCCAUGAUCCCGUCCGACGGUUUAGACAGUUCGGCCUGGCAUUGGAUGUUCCGAUUUCCUAUGUGAAUGUGGGCUGCGACAAAUGGGACCUGCCAAUGAUUAAGCCCAGUCAUUUUUAUCAGCACCUUGCAGACCUUGGAAAGCUGAGCAUUACGUAUGGCCAACAACCACCGAGUGUUCUUCUGGAGUUUUGGAAUCGCUUUAAAGAAGUGGAACCAAAGAACCCUGUUCAUGCUGCAUUUGCCGCUGGUAGCAUGGACGCUGCGAAGACCAUCCCCAUGUAUAUACAUGGGGAUGAGGGACGUGGCAGGAAACGAUUGCCGGUGAUGAUUGUGAAUACGCACGGAGUGAUUGGGGCCGGCUGCCGUGCCUUCGAGGAGUAUCACAAGGAUGCUCCGACCAUGCGGAAAAAUGCGAUGCCGGUCAACAUCAAAGGCCACUCAGCAGAGACCCGAUUCUUGUCUUUUGUGCUUUCGAAAAAGGCCUACGGCGAAGAUUCAGGAUAUUUGCUGAAACUGUUUGAUGCUUUUGUUGCAGACCUGGAGCUGCUGCAGCGAGAAGGAGUACAGCUCCAUGGGGAGACCUGGAGAUUUGCUUUUAUUGGCGCUGUGGGGGACCUUCAGUUUUUCACGAAGAUAGGAGGACUCAGCCGGUCCUACAAUCACGUCAGCAAGAAAAGCGGCGAGCAGAUGAAAGCUGGCAUUUGUCAUCUUUGCCAGGCUGGUCUUGCAGGCUGGCCUUUCGAGCGCUUUGAGGAUGAACCGGCCUGGCUUCAGUCGGUAGGCAACAAUGUCCAGGAACGGUUUACAUAUUUCGAUGAGUUUGCACAGGCCUACCUGCAGCAGACUGGCAAAACGCUGUAUUGCAAGCGCAUCAACGAGGUGACUUUGGGAUUCGAGUCUUUUCAGAAAUGCCCUCAAGGCGCCUGGCAAAAAGCCGCCGACACAACCGUGUUGCUGGAGAUUUUCGAAGCUUUCUGCGAUGCUCACACGGCGAAGGCUGCUGGGGAGCCAAUUUUGGCUUGGACGCAGACAGCUGUCGCAAACUUGAAUGCAUGCCUCCGGCUACUUUACAGAUGCGGGUUGUGGUUGACACAACAGCAGGCUGCUGAGGCAGCCUGCUGCGGCCUGAACUUUUUAAAGAGUUAUGGGCAUUUGGUUCAUUUGACAAUCCUUGCAAAUCGCGACAGGUACCCUUUGACGCCCAAACUACAUUAUAUACAUCAUUUGAUGUUGGACAUGAGGGUGCAGAGUGCAUCUGCAGCAUGGACUUUGAACUGUGUUGCCAGCACAGUUCAAAUGGACGAGGACUUUGUUGGAUGGAAUGCAAGGGCAUCGAGAAGGGUUGGUGCUCAACAUAUGUCUUUACGAUGCCUACAGCGGUAUUUGCUGCAAGCGGCAGAACGCUUAACUCCAGAAUAUGUGCGGUGGAAGCCCUGA